GCUCGUUCAGAGUGGCUUGCGAAAAGAUUUUUCGUUCGCGAAUUGUCGAAACCCACGUGCGACCCAUUGGGGGUCUCUUGUGCUCAAGUUCUUCCUCGAGUUUCUCGCGAACACCGCUCUCGCCAAAAUUACCAGGUAGGUCCGGGCUUCGCCCAGUCGCCAACGGCAGCAGCAAGCAGCAAUGUGCUCGGCUUUUUCAGUCCGUCGGGCUUUGUUUGAAAUUCAAGUUUUCAAAUCAAACCACCAUCCAUGGCCAUGGCUACGGAUGUCCGUGCUCCACCCACUCUGUUCGUCCUGCUCAAUUCCCGCCGUGAUCAGGAGCAGCAGCAUCGGCUGUUGCCUCGGUUGUCGUUCGUUGCUUCCACGCGGUGAAACGAGCGAGUGUCUGUCGAGCUCUGGUGAUCGGGGAUUGUUUUUUAGGCAGUAGUUUCGAUAGGAUGGACUCUUCAGGAUUCAGGGACAUGAAAGAGGACUACAAUUCGCCUUCGGAUUUCAAUCCACCAGCUAAUUACUUAGCGCCUACGAGUAGCUUUCCUCCUGACACGACUGCUCGUCCUCCGCUUAGCUCUAGUUCUGGUUCGUUCCCUCUCGCCUCCUCGUCCGCUGUUCGUGCCGCUCCUCCCGCCGCAAUGGCACACCCACAGGCCGCUCACUUCAACUCCCACGCAUCGCCGCUAUCAGCGGGGUAUUAUAGUAACGGGCCUUAUUCGUCUUCUCAAGUUUCCCACCUAGCAGCGCCCAGCUCACUAGCAUCCGCUUAUAAUUACGGACCCACGUCUGGUUCAUUCCAGUAUGCCUCGCAGCCCGCGCCUGACAUGCGUUACUUCCAUCCCCUCGUGGGGUCAUCAUCGCACGCCUCGUCCGCACUUCUCUCCACGUCCUCUACCUCGCCGUUUCCUAACGGACCAUACUAUCCGCCGCAGCCGCCGUUUUCCCAGCACCCGUCCUUCCCGCCCUCGCCCGCCCAGCCAGCUGUCGCGCCGCUUAGGAGCCCCUCCCCGUUGCCUCUGCACGCGUCAGCAGGAAAUCCCGUGUGCUCUGGCCCUCGAAACGCCGCCGCUAGAGCCGGCAACGGGAACCGCUCUGCUCACGGCGUGCAAUCCGGCGCUUCAGCCGGGCAGGCUGUUUUUAACGGUCAAGUGGGUUGCAGCGCGCCGAGUCCUGCUUCCGGCCGUCAGACCGUCGGAUGGCCAGGUCCACCGAGAAACCAUCUGGUUCGUCCGCCCCAGAACCAGGCGGGCGUGAACCACUCAGAUACACUCGGACAGGGUUUCCAAACCUCCGCCGCCGCCUGCCGUCCUGCCGCUCUUUCCGCUCCUUCCGCUCCUUCCGCUCCCUCCGCCUCUUCCGCGCCUUCCGCCCCUUCCGCGCGUUCCUUCCCUUCCUUCCCUUCCGCGUCCUCCGCGCCUUCCUCGAGACCGCAAUUCCUCCCCUCGCCCGCGAUGCCUUACACGACGGGCAGUCUCUCCGCCGUUUCCCCCGCACCCGCCGUUCACUCCGGUGCUGCAGCUGCGUCAGGCGCCGCUCCACCGCAGAUGCCGAUGCCGAUGCCGAUGGCGGCACCGAUGAGCGGCGUGCGACCACGCGUGCUCGGGGAGCCGCCGCGUGGCGCAACGGCUUUUGCUUCUGGUUCCACUCCUGCUCCUCCUGCUGCUGUUGCUCCUGGGUCCAGCGAGUUGGACUUUCAGGCGGAGGUGAUUACGAUGGUAGUGCGGGAGGCGGCAGCGGGGCGCGGUGCGGGUGCCGGGCUCGAUGGCACGUGGAGUGGCGGGAUGUCCGCGGCUGCGGCUACAGCUGCUACAGCUGCCGCAUGUGAUGGCUUUGUCGCCGCCACAUCGUCGGGCCCAGCUGCUGCCUCUCUACUCGCCCCCGCUGCGUCCCUCCCCGCUGCUCCUACUUCCGCCCUCCCUCCUGCCUCCCUCCUCCAUCCGCCUUCCGUCCGUGGCCCUGCCUCCUUCUCCCAACCACUUCCCGCCAACCUUGCGCCUUCGGUUAACCCGAUUGCCCAUCUGUCCGUUGCGCCCACAACGUCGAGUGCAGCAGGCCCGCCGAGCGCCCGCCUAUCCCUGUUCGAAGCAGGCGUGCCACUGUUCGCGGACUCUCCUCUCCCUAAUGUCCCCGCCGCCGCCGCCUCUGCGCCUGCUGUCUCGCCAUCCCUUCCCGGCCCCGUUUCUGCCACCAUUCUUCCCCCCGCACCCACUCCCCCCCCCGCGCCCGCUCCUCCCCCAGCGCCCGCUCCUACUCCAGGCCCCGCCCCUCAUGCAGCCUCCGCAGCUCCCCCAGCCCAUUCACCCCCCCCCGCGCCUAUCCCCGCCGCUCCUGCUCACCCUACAGGCGAGUCUACUCCGGAAGGUCCCCAUACCGCCGCAGCUCCUCUCCCCCUGGCUCCUCCCGCCCCGCCUGCCGCGCGCGGCACCUCGCGCGCUGCCAACGCGUCCGCCAACGCGCGCCCCCCCAGUGCAAACCCGCGCCCUGCCGCCGCCGCCCGCCGCCCUCCCGCCGCUGGCGGGCGCAAACGCGCUCAGGCGCCUUCCACUGACGCGUCAGGCACGUCGGCCAAUCAGAAAGCAGCUAUUUUACCGUCACAUGGCCCUAUGAUGGCGCUGACGGCGGCAGCGGGAGGGGAGGCCGCAGCGGACAUGGGUGAAGUGUACUUCCUCAUUCUGCACUUCUUGUCGGGCAGCCCGUGCAGUCGGGCAGCGAAAGUUUUGCAAGAGGAGCUGCAGGAGCAGAAUCUGCUGCCGCAGCGGUGCCAUGCCGUGUUCUCCAGAGGGGGGCAGGCGACAGUUGUGGAGGGUGGAUCAGUGCCGUCCGUGCCCAUGAGCUAUGAGGAGUUGACUAGGAGGUACGCCCACAUCCCGCACAACCACCUCGUGCUGCUGCUGCACGAGCUGCUGCACUCCUCCCGUCUCGCCGUCUCCUCCUCCUCCUCCGCCCCCCUCCCCUCCCUGCCCAUCUCUUCCUCGCUGCCCCACCCGCCUCUGCCAGCAGCGCCUACCCUCCCUCCCGCCCCACCCGCUGCAGCGGCUGCCGCACCCACCAUCCCUGCCCCUCCUACCGUUGCUGCGCCUCCCACCGUCUCUGCCCCUCCCAGUGCGCUGGAGGAGGGUGGCAGUGGCUUGGGGCCAAGGCAGCAGGCAGUGGGCGCAGAGGGAGCAGCGGAGGGAGUGGUGGGUGCUGUUGUGGCACAGGCGCAGGGAAGUGGGGCGGAGGCUACAGCAGCGUUGGGGCAGCUACCAGCAGCAGGUGCUGUGGCAACAGGUGUGGUGGCAUCAGCAGCAGGUGCGGAAGCAGCAGAGGCGGUGGCAGCAGCAGUGGCAGCAAGUAGCCGAGCGCUUGUGGUGGCCUCUCCUGCAGUGGCGGCAGCAGCAGCAGCGGGUGAUAGGGGUGCAGGCGGAGCGGGUGUGUCUGUGAGUGCCGUGGCAGGCAUGGCACGCAUGGCAAGCAUGGCAGGCACAGCAGGCACAGCAGGCACAGCAGGCACAGCAGGCACAGCAGGCACGACAGCGCGGCGUAACAGGUGGUGGCUGUGUGCCGCUGACGUGCCAACGCUGCUGGGACAGGGGGGGAUAAGCCUGAGACGCGCGGAGUGGCUGCCUGCGCUCCUGUCCGCUCCCCAGACCUCGCUGCCGCAUGCGGCCCAUCCGCACCUGUCCGCGCCGCUCCUGCACGCCCUUGCUUUGAGGGAGACGGGCGGAGGGGUCUGCUCGCGUGCUGCCAGGGCUGCCAGUGCUCGGUCGGCCUCUCUGGCCGUCGCUUCCCCCGCGCUGCUCUUCUCGCGCAUUGACCAGGUCAAGGUGCUGCGCGGCCACCGCAACGCCGUCUACUGCGCGGUGUACGACCACGCGGGGCGGUACCUGGUGACGGGAUCGGACGACCGGCUGGUGAAGAUAUGGAGCAUGCACUGGGGCAUCUGCCUCGCCACCUGCCGCGCGCACACUGGCGACAUCACGGACCUGUCUGUGAGUCUGGGCGACAGAUGGGUGGCCUCCGCCUCCAAUGACUGCCACAUCCGCGUCUGGGAGCUGCCAAGCGGGCAUCUGGAGGUGACGCUGGUGGGGCACUCGGAGGCGGUCACAGCCGUCGCCUUCAGCCCCACCACGCAGCACAUGCUGCUCUCAGCCUCUGAGGACGGCACAUGUCGCCUGUGGGACGUCACUGCCGCCCCCAAUGCUACCUGCCUCCGCCUCUUCCUCCCUGCUGCCCACGCCACGAAGAUCCCCCCCCCUCCUGGGACGUCAGUCAACCUCAUGCCACCGCCACAGCAGCCGGUGGCGCUGAGUGAGCAGGAGGAGGAGGAGCGGCGGGCCGCCAACCUGGCCCCUCGUGUGCUGUGCGCGGCGUUCAACGCGGAUGGCACUCUGUUCGUCACGGGCAGCGAAGACGGGCGCACCAGGGUGUGGGAUGCCAGACUGCCUGCAAUCACAAAGAAGGAGCCCAUCCAAGAGCAGCAGCAGCAGCAGGAGCAACAGCAACAACAACAGCAGCAGCCCCAGCAGCAGCAGCAGCAGGAGGGUGGGGCGGCAGGGGUGGAGGGGCAGGGGCGGUGCAGCGUGGUGGUGCAGCACGAGAUGCAGGAGCUGAUGGGGCACCACGGGCAUGUCAACUUCGUGCACUUCAGUGGGUGUGCGGGGCUGCAGCACGAGGUGGAGUCCGGGGCUGCCGGGGAGGAGGAGGGGAGGGGUGUGGGGGGGAAGGGGAAGGGAGGUGGAGAGGGCGGAAGGAAGAAGGACAAAGAGAAGGAGCGCCCGCUGACUUUGCUCAACACGGCCAACCGCGCGGGCGCGGACCUGAUAGUGUCGUGUGCGCGGGACGGCUCCGCCAUCAUCUGGCGCCCCCGGCCCCGCCGCGUGCAUGGCAAGCACCCGUAUUGGCUGAAGGCGCUGCAGCUAAAGGCCCCGCCUCGCCCCCUUGCGGUUGCCGCGGGGGGAGGGGGGAGGGGAGGGGCACGGGCGCGGGCAGGGGGUGUGGUGGGGGCGACGGCAGGGAGGGAGGCGAGCAUGGUGGCGGGGACGGCCGGGAUGGCAGGGGCAGCAGGAAGGGCGGCAGGAGGGGCGGCAGGAGGGGCGGCAGUGAAUAUGAUCAUCUGGUCGCUGGACUCGCAGUUCGUGCUGGCUGCCCUCACAGAUGCGCGCAUCUGUGUGUGGCAGGCGGCCACAGGCGAGCUCACACACUGCCUCACUGCGCACCAGGAGCAGGCGUUUGUGCUGGACGUGCAUCCCACAGACCCGCGCAUCGCCAUGAGUGCGGGGUACGACGGGCGAGUCAUAGUGUGGGACAUCUGGAAGGGGCAGCCAAUCGCCAUCCGCCACGUCACCACCUUCCAGCUCGUCGACGGGCACUUCUCGCCGGAUGGCACAGGGCUGGUGGUGUCGGACGAGGUGGGGCAGCUGUAUGUGUUCGCCACUGGGGGCAUGAGUCAGUGGGAGAACAUCCACAUGGACCAGUUCUUCCUGGGCGACUACCGCCGCUUCCGCCUGGACGCCUUCCACAAUGCCCUGGAUGAGGAGGCGAACGUGUUAACAGAGGAGCGCACGUGGAUGGACCCCAUAUGCGACUCGGGCAUGCAGCCCUACCCCGACCCCUACCAGUCGCUCUUCCAGGCGCGCCGCUUUGCGCUGCUCAACCGCCCCUACCACGCGCCCACCAUGCACCUGGCGGUCGGCCGAAUCGACGCUGCUGACCUGGCCUUCCAGCCCGUUCCCAACCAGCCCCUCGGCGCCCCCGGCUCCGCCCCCCUGCCCCUGCCUCCGCUGCCUGACACGCAGGCGCCGGUGGGUGGGAGGCAGGGGGUGAGGCGGGGGGAUGGCGGGGCAAGGGGGAGGAGAGAAGAGGAGGGGGAGGUGCAGGUGCGGUGGGAGCUGAGGGAGAGGCUGCCUGUGCGGCGGUACGAGGGGUUUGAGGUGGACAUGGUAGAGGGCGAGGAGGAGCGCGGCGAUGGGGACUCGGAGUACGAGGUGAGCGGAGGGGAGGAGGAGGAGCGGUGCAGGGGAGCAAGCGCGGACGAGCAGGAGGGGGAUACGGGGGAGGAGGAGGAGGAGGGGCAGGGCGAGGCGGAAGAGGAGGAGGAUGGGAAGGGCACGAGACGAUCGAGGAGGCUGCUGGGGAAGAAGAGGAAGCGAUGGGGGAGGGAUGUAGGCGAGGAGGGAGAGGGGGAGGAGGAGGGGGUUGAAUUGGUGCAGGAGCAUGCGAGGGAGGAGGAAGAGGAGGAGGAGGAAGAUGGGGUGGAAGACUGGGAGAAUGAGAGCGGACGAUGGGUGGAGGCAGAGGAGGAGGAGGAAGGGGAGGAUGAGUGGGACGAGGAGGAGGAUGGGGAGGAGGACGAGGAGGCAGAGGAGGAUGAGGAAGAGGAUGAGGAUUAUGAAGAGGAGGAGCAGGGAGGGGCGGAGGACUUGGAGCACUUGAAGCGGGUGGGCCACGCAUCUAGAAGCCUGGCCGUUCCAUAUGCCCAGCGCAAUUCUCAUGCCACUAACGGUGUGUGCGGCCAUGGCAGUGGGAUGGCAGCGCAAGGCGUGGCGGCGCAUGCUGUGGGCGGCAGUGGGUGGGGGCAGCGGGGCAUGAAGAGUGUGAGGGGUGAGCAGGGGAGCAUCACUGCUGUGGGCGGCUUGAAGCUCAAAAUCAACCUCAGAAGCCCUGCUGCCGCUGCUGUCGCUUCCUCUUCUGGUGCUGGUAGUGCUGCUGCUGUGCGUGGUGGCGGUGGCGGCAGUGCUGGCAGCUCCAGUGAUGCGCCGCGGGGAGUGACCAAGUCGCAGCUCAAGGAGCGCAUGGUGGCCCAAAGGACCCAAGCAGCAAGGAGCCGACAGCAGCACGCCCUUGCAGCGAAGCAGGAGGAGGAUGAAGAGGAGGAGGAUGAAGAGGAGGAGGGGGUGGAGGCGAUGGAGCAAGAGGAGGAGAACGAAGAGCAGGUGGUGGAGGAUGACGAUGAGGAGGAGGAGGAGGAUGAGGGGGAGAAGGAGGAUGAAGAGGAGGAGGACGACGAAGAAGAAAAGGUGGUGGAAGUGAUUGAGGAGCGCACAGGGGGGAGGAGGACGAGGAGUACUGGCCGCCACGCUGCUGCGAGUCAGGCUGCUCAGCUGGCACCUGCUCAGAUAAGACCUGCUGCUCAGAUUAGACCUGCUCAGAUAAGACCUGCGCAGUUAAGACCUGCUCAGUUAAGACCUGCCCAGCUGAGACCUGUUGGGGUGGGCGUGGCUGCAGCAAGAGCUGAUGACCCCUUUGAGUGCGCAGCCCAGGGAGGUGAUGUCCAGGAGAUUUGGGAGGAGGAUGAGGAUGAAGAGGAGGAGAACGGAGUGGAGGAGGAAGAAGAAGAAGAGUAUGAUGAGGAGGAGGAGGACGAGGAGGACGAGGAGGAGGAGGAGGAGGAAGACGAAGGCGAGGAGGAAGAGGAGGAGGAGGAAGACGAAGACGAGGAGGACGAGGGUGGCGACUGGAAGGAGGAGCCGAACUGGGGGAAGAGGACCACGCGCAGGCGCACAGGGGGGGCGGGGGCGCAGCUCGCGGGAAGGGGAGAGGUGCGGGGGGGAGGCGUGGGGACGAGGCAGGGAGUGGGGGGAGAGAACGGGGCGGAGAGGGAGAGCGAUGAGGAGCAGCAAGAUGUAGAGGGUGAGCGAGGGAGCAUUUCUGAUUCGCUGAUGCUGACUAACUCGCGCCAUACUGACCAACGUGCAGCGGUGGGUGGGGUGGGGGCUGUGUGGCGUGUGCAGAUGACCUCGACUUCUGGCGCCCACCCAAGCGCGCCCGCUGCUGAUGCAACCGCUGCUGACACUUCUAAUGCCGUGCCCGCUGCUGACACAUGUGCUGGCGCUGCUGCACUCGCAGCAGCUCACGAGGGGCUGCCAGCGGUGCCAGCUGGCACGAGGAGGAAGAGGAACGCGCGCGGGUCAGGAGUGCAGCAUGGAGUGAAUGCAGGGAGAGGGCGGGAAGGGAUGGCGCACCGCAGGGUGGAUGGCAGCGCUGCUGCUGCUGCUGGUGGCAGUGGCAGUGCAGCAGUGUGUGCGCUGUCGUUGCUUCUUCCGGGCAAGCCAGUGGCCGGAGGGUCAUCUGGUGGUGCGUGUGGUGCUGCCUCGCAUCCCGCAGCUCACCCCUCCUGCCAGCCACAGCAGGCCUUGGAGGAAGUCGCCUCAGCAGCACGGCAGACAGAUGGUGCGGGCAUGGGGGCUGCAGGGAGCGAGUUACGGGACGGAGAGCAGGCGGCGGGACAGCAGGGUGGUGGUGACGAGGCUGCUGUGGGAGCAGUUGAAGGGGCAGGUGAAGGGGCAGGUGAAGGGGCAGGUGAAGGGGCAGGUGACGGGGCAGCUGGUGCUGAGUGUGAGAUACAAGCUGGAGAGGGGAGGGGAGGGGAGGGAGCGGAGGGAGGGGAGGGCGGAGGCGCGGUGGAGGCCGUGAGAGGGGCAGCAGACACUACUGUGGCGGCUGAAGGGGGUGCGGGGGAGGAGGAGGGGGGUGGUUUGGUGGAAGCGAGGAGAGGCGGAAGGGGGGAGGGGAUGGAUGGCCUCAAGAGGGCGGGCCAAGGGGAAAGUGACGCUGAGCAGCGGAUGCCACUUGCCACUGCCUGUGAUUUGGCGGCUGCUGCUACUGGUGCUGCUGGUGCCGAUGGUUCUUGUGGUGGUGGUGGUGGUGGUGCUGGUGCGGCUGGUGCUGCGACUGAUGCGGGUGCGGGUGGCAGUGAUGAGGUGCGGCAGGAAGGUGGCGCCAUGGGCAGCAAGGCAGCAGCAUGUGAUGGCUGCGCAGCACAAGAGGGCGAGCGGUCAGAGCAGGCCAGAGUGGGGGCGGAGAGUACAGGGUGCAGUGAGGACAGAGAUGGGGCAGGGGAUUGGGAGGGGGGGGGCGGGGAGAUGAGUGCGCGGAAGGAGGAGCUGUUUGCAGAGCUGUUUGGGGACGAGGGCGGGGAGGAGGGCGCGGGUGAGGGGGGAGAUGAGGGGGCAGGGCUGCCUGGGGACGACCUGCUCAGCCCGAUGGGCAGCGGGGAGGGCGGCAGGGAGGAGGGCGGUAGGCAGAAUGGUGGUGGCAAGGGUGGAGGCGAGGAGGGUGGAGAGGGGGAGGGCGUUAGGGUGAGGGAUGGUGGCGAACAGCAUCCGACCACACAAGGGGACGUUUCAGGGGAUGGGGACAAUGGUGGUGGCGCUGGCGGGGAUGGGGAUAGUGGUGCAUGUGGCGGCAGCGAUGGGGGGCAUGCGGGGCGGGAUGGGGGAAUGGACGCGUGUGGCAAGACUGCUGCUGGCGCUGAGGCUGGUGUGGCUGGUGUGGUGGCUGGUGCUGUCACGAGUGCAGUGGAGGGUGAAGCAGUGAGGGGAGCCGACGCUGUGCACGCUGGUGAGGAGGCUCGAGGGGAGGCUGGGAGGGCAGGGGAGGAGGAAGGGUGUGGGGUAGGACAGGGGGAGGGGGAGGGACGGAAGGGCCAAGGCGGAGGUUUGGGUGAGCAGAGAGACGCGAUGGGAGCAGUGAAGGGGGAGGAGGGAGCAGUGGGAGGUGAAAGUGGCGCGCAGGGGGAGAGUGGAAAGGGUGGCAGGCAGGCGAGGAAUGGGGAAGAGCAUGGUGCAGGGGAUGGCGUUGCUGCAGACAGUGGCAUCAGGAGAGGAGUGGGUGGAGUAGCUAAUGGGGAGGGGUCAGGUGGGAGUGGCGGGGCGGCAAAGGACGAAGCCAAAGGAGACGGGAGGGGGGAGGGGGAGGGAAGGCAAGGAGCAGGCACGGAUGGGGGAGCGAGUGGAGGGUGUGAGGGAGGGACGGAUGGUGGGGCGAUGGGGGUAGAGGGGCCUGGGGGAGGAGACAGUGUGGGGUGCCAGGCGAGAGGAGGGAGCGGGAGGGGUGGAGGGGAAAAGGGAGGUGGGGCGAAGGAGGAGAGUGAGGAGAAUGAUGAGUUGAGAAUAGAGCAGGCAGAGAGGCUGGGCGGUAGGAGGAAUGUGAGGAGGCGACUGCAGCAUGCGAAGAGGGAGGCGGGGGAGAGUGGGGAUGAGGCGUGUGAAGGAGAGAGGAUGGACGAGAGCGAAGGCAAGGAGAUGGAUAAGGGGAGUAGAAGUGAGGAAGAGAAAGAAGAGGCGCAAGCGACCAACCGCGAGCAACAGGCAAAAGAGGAGGAGCAGGAGGGAGCAAAGAAUAGAGAGGAGGGGGAAGAGGCAGAGGAGGAGGAGGAAGAGGAGGCAGAGGAGGAAGAGGAGGAGGAGAGUGGGUCGUAUGAUGAGUCGAGUGCGAGUGAUGGGAGCGAUGAGAGCGAUGAGAGUGAUGGGAGUGAUAGGAGUGUUGGGAGUGAGGACAUGGGGGGUCAGAGGAAGAGGAAGAGGGCAACUGGCAGACAGGCUAGAAGCUCAGGCCGACAGCACCACAAGCACAAGCGCACGCCUCGCAGGCAGGCAGCGAAGCGGCAGCAGGAGGCACAGCCGCCCAGCGCAGCCUCACAGCGCACCCCUGUGAGCCCCCGCCUGCAGCAUGCAGUCAGCCCCCGGCUGCGAGAAAGGCACCCCGCCACUCCUGUCCCCGCUCCCAGGGUGACUGGCGCCCGCAGCUCCCCCCUGGCUCUGGGCGCCAGAAGCUCCCCCCGGGUCACAGCCCCGGCUGCCAGGGCGUCCCCCCGACUCACAGGCGCGGGCUCCUCCCCCAGGACACAGGGGGCAGAGCUGGCUGGAAGGAGGGAGGGGGAGAAGGGCGAGCGGGCGGUGGGGCGGGUGCGCGCGGGUGUCGGGUGGGUGGGGGCCACAGAGUGGCGGGAGGGCGACCCCUACCUGCCUCAGGUGGGCGAUGACGUCAUCUACUGCUUCCAGGGCCACCUCAGCUUCCUGGAAACCUCCGGCCACAGCCGCAGCCGCAGCCGCGGGCUGGAUGAGAAGCUGCGCAGGAAGCUUCGGCCAGCAGAGGCGUGCGUGGUGGAGGAGGUGGAAUACUAUUUCGUGGAAGGGAGGGGCAGGGGGGCGGGUGAGGGACGGAGAGGGGGAGGCAGGGGGGCAGGGGAGGUGCGGCAAGUGGGGUGCAGAGGGGUGCUGCGGGUGGUCGAGAGGGAGAGUGCAGCAUGUGGGGAGAGGGUGAGUGUGGAGGUGGAGGAGGACGGCGAGGAGUACGUGGUGGAGCGCUGGCGAUACGACGCUGCCAUGGCCAAGGGCUGGCAGGUCAAGCAGCAGUGCCUGGCGUAUUGGAGCCGGGACUCCCUGCCCCCGGACCACAAGCCGCCCCCCAUGCCGGUGUCGCCAUCGGCGUCGCCCGUGCCGGUGCACCCAAGUGCGGUGAUCUUCCGCGGGCGCAUCGAGGCCGACACCCCCAUCGAUCCCGCCCUGCCGCUCAGCCCCUGGCGCAGGCUGCGGGUGUACUACUGGCACGACCGCAGCCACGAGCGGCACAGCGCGUGGGAGCUGCUGGACCCCGACCCCGCGCUGUGGCCCGCGCGCCCCGCCCUGGAUGCAAGGCUGGUGGGCGCUGCGAGGGAGGCGGUGAGGGAGAUGCGGCGGGAUGCGGGCAUGGAGGAGAGCCUCAGCCUCGUGUACUCGCCCGACUCCAGCGCUGCCGCACUCGCCUGCCUGCCUGUGCCCAUGGGUGUGGCGACGAUGGAGGCGCGCCUGGCAUCGGGGUGGUACCGCUCGCUGCCCGCCAUCCACCACGACGCCGCCCUCAUCGCGUCCAACGCCCUGGCUCUGCACGGCCCCGCCCACGCCAUCACCACUGCCGCCACUCGCUUCGCCUCGCACUUCUCUCAGCGCCUCACCGCCCUCGCUGCUGCCGGCGGAGAGUGAACACACAAGCAGCCCCACAUGGCUGCUUUGGUUUUGGGUGGAGUACAUACUGUAAUAAGAAGGCUGAUGCCAAUGCGGAUUUUUAUACGUUGCUAGACUGGCUGUAGUAGAGCAACAAGUCCGCUUGGUGUUUCAUGUAUGUUACAGUUUCAUGGCAUUCAGUUGGUCCCUCCACA